UUCCGGUAAAGUGAGUAGUGGCAAAACCACUUGACAUUUUUAUAUUGAGGCAGUGGGGGAUGUUGCAGCUGCUGAAUGUAAAUAAUAAAGUAACUUGUAAUCUAACUUAGUUACUUUUAAAAACAAGUCAUCAGUAUAGUAACUAAGUUACUUUUAAAGGAGUAAUCAGUAAUCAGAUUACUUUUUCAAGGUAACUGUUGCAACACUGGUCCCAAUUAGCAAGUAUGUGAUAUCUCUCUAACACAUGGUACAGUUCUGUUGUAAGGUUUUGCAAAUUAGUUCUAAGAAAGUCUAAUUAAGGCUGAACAUCUAAAAGCAUUAAGAUUGUAUUUUUUAUAUUGUGGUACAAUUCUGCUGUAAUGUGUUGCAAAUGAACCUCAAAGAAAGGUUCAUAAGGGUCAAGAGUAGAGAAGAGAAACCAAGAGUUUUUUAGAAUUCAUUUUGCAGUUCCAUUCUGUUGUUUUGUUUUGCAGUAACCUCCAAAGCUUCCAUAGUCUAAUCUUACUGAUGUAUAAUGUAGCCUUGAAUCAAACAGACAGCGCAAUGACAAAAUGGAUUGGACAACAGACUGUUUCACAAAAUGUCUUUGUGUGGUCUAAAUCAAUCUUAAAUCAAUUUGAUUCAAUAAUUUGAAGCCUUGCCCCUACUUUUGUGUAUACCCUUUUGGGUGAUGUGAAAGAUUAAACAAUGCUGCAGUACUGUAGUCCAUUACUCCAUUAGCUCUAAAAAAAUAUAUAUCACUGUAACGCUUUGCCUUUGAAAUGUUUUACCCACAACACUGUUAUCUGUUGUCAUGAAAAAGACCAAGUGCAAAGUAAAAUACAUGGGCAGACAUAAUGUUCCACCACUUGUCUUAGUAUGAUCAAAAUCAAUCUGAAAAUAGAAGUAAUUCCAGGACCUGCGCCGACUCGCGCCUGUAGCCCAUUGGUUGGUUCUUAACAAUGAGUGGAUUAAACAAUGCUGCAAGUCAAUAAAAGACGUUGACAGUAAUAAAGCUGACUGGGCUCAGAAAAGGGAUGAACUGGACGAAAGUCAUGUGGGGACUUUUAGAUAUUAAAUUGUUCCCGCUCAUGUAUUUCAUCUUGUUGUAUUCCCACUUCACUUCUACUGUGUCCUCCCCUCUUUAUUCCUCCUUCUGUCGGUUACAGGGACAGUUUCAUCUUAAUGGGAUGCACAAAGCAGGAGAUGUGGUUCUAGGUGGGCUGUUUGAGAUCCACUUCUUCUCUGUCUUUCCUGACCUGUCUUUUACCUCAGAGCCACAACAGCCUACUUGCUAUGGUUUUGACAUUCCAGGGUUCAGGGCUGCCAUGACUAUGACCUUUGCAAUUGAUGAGAUCAACAGAAACACCAACCUGCUACCUAAUGUGACUCUGGGAUACAGUCUUUAUGAUAACUGCUAUAAACUACGGAUAGGAUUUCGUGCAGCAAUGUCCCUCGUCAGUGGUCAAGAACAGCAGUUUACAUUAGAUGAGACCUGUGUAGGAACCCCUCCAGUCAUAGGGAUUGUUGGUGAUUCUUCUUCUACAAGUUCUAUUGCCAUCUCCUCUGUCAUAGGUUCAUACAGAGUACCUAUGGUGAGUUAUUUUGCCACAUGUUCCUGUCUGAGUGACCGGCAGAAGUUUCCAUCUUUCUUUCGGACGAUCCCAAGUGAUGCUUUCCAGGUGCGUGCUGUGAUCCAGAUUUUAAACCACUAUGACUGGACUUGGGCAGGUCUGCUGGUCAGUGACGAUGACUAUGGGCUCCAUGCUGCUCGAUCCUUCCAAUCUGACUUUGUUCAGUCUGGUGGAGGUUGUCUGGCCUACGUUGAGAUCUUACCCUGGGGAAAUGACCCGGCUGAAAUAAGGAGGAUUGUGGAUGUGAUGAAGAAAUCCACAGCUCGUGUGGUUAUUGGGUUUGCACAUGAGAGUCACAUGAUUAACCUCAUGGAAGAGGUGCUGAGGCAGAAUGUGACUGGCUUGCAGUGGAUUGCCAGUGAAGCUUGGACAGCGGCUGCUCUGUUUCAGACCCCCCAUCUCAUACCGUACCUGGCUGGCACAUUAGGCAUCGCCAUCCGUCAAGGAGAAAUACCAGGGCUCAGGGAAUUCCUGCUGCGAAUACGUCCUGACCUACACAACAACAGCUAUAGAAACAGCAUAGUGAAAUUGUUCUGGGAAUACACAUUUCAGUGUAGAUUUGCACCACCUCCAGCAGGUUGGGUGGAAACUAAAGUAGUAUUAUGUACAGGACAGGAAGAUUUGGAAGAUGUGGAGAAUGAGUUUCUGGACACUUCAAACCUCAGGCCUGAGUAUAAUGUGUACAAGGCUGUGUAUGCUCUGGCCUAUGCCCUUGAUGAUAUGCUACACUGUGAGCCAGGGAGAGGGCCUUUCAGUGGGAACAGCUGUGCCACUUUGCAAACACUGGAGCCAUGGCAGUUAGUGUAUUACUUGCAGAAGGUCAACUUCUCCACAACAUUUGGUGAUCAAGUAUCCUUUGAUGAAAAUGGUGAUGCUUUACCGAUAUAUGACAUCAUGAACUGGCUGUGGCUCCCUAGUGGAAGAACUAAACUGCAGAAUGUGGGUGAGGUCAAGAGGUCGGCCUUCAAGGGUGAAGAACUCACAAUUAAUGAAGAAAAAAUAUUCUGGAAUUCUGAAUCCAAAAAGCCGCCACGCUCAGUGUGCAGUGAAAGCUGUCCUCCAGGCACCCGUAUGGCCAGAAAGAAAGGGGAACCUGUGUGCUGUUUUGACUGCAUCCCUUGUUCUGAGGGAAAGAUCAAUAAUGAGACUGACUCCAUGGAGUGCACCAGCUGUCCUGAGGACUUCUGGUCCAGCCCCCAGCGUGACCACUGUGUUCCUAAGAAAACAGAGUUUCUCUCCUAUGAUGAGCCUCUGGGUAUCUGCUUGACAUCAACUUCUUUGCUGGGCACAUGCAUGUGUGUGGUUGUCCUGGGCAUAUUUAUCUGUCAUCGCAGCACACCCAUAGUACGUGCCAACAAUUCAGAGCUGACUUUCCAGUUACUGUUGUCUCUUAAGUUAUGUUUCCUGUGUUCACUGCUGUUUAUCGGUCGCCCCAGACUGUGGACAUGCCAGCUGAGACAUGCAGCAUUUGGGAUCAGCUUUGUGCUUUGUGUCUCAUGUAUUUUGGUAAAAACCAUGGUGGUUCUGGCUGUGUUCAAGGCCUCCAAGCCAGGAGGGGGAGCCAGUCUGAAGUGGUUUGGUGUUUUGCAGCAGAGAGGGACAGUUAUUGUUCUCACUUCUGUUCAGGCAGCCAUCUGCACUGCAUGGAUUGUAUCUGCUUCGCCAACUCCUCAUAAAAACACUCAAUACCACAAUGGCAAGAUAGUUUAUGAGUGUGCAGUUGGGUCCACAGUUGGUUUUGCAGUGUUACUGGGCUAUAUUGGCUCAUUGGCUUCCCUCAGUUUUCUGAUUGCAUUUAUAUCAAGGAAUCUUCCAGAUAGUUUCAAUGAGGCCAAACUCAUCACUUUCAGCAUGUUGAUCUUCUGUGCUGUGUGGGUGGCCUUUGUUCCUGCCUAUAUCAGCUCACCAGGCAAAUAUGCAGAUGCAGUGGAGGUAUUUGCCAUCCUGGCCUCCAGUUUUGGUCUCUUGCUGGCGCUGUUUGGACCCAAAUGUUACAUAAUCCUGCUGAGACCAGAGAGGAACACAAAGAAGGCAAUCAUGGGUCGAGGUACAAGGAAGUCAUAAAAACUGCAUUUAAUUACAAGAGACAGAAUCAGCACUUAUUCUGUAUACAUUACAGACAUACAAGAAAAAAUGUAUGGCCUGGCAAUUACUAGCAUUGGCACUGUAACAAGGUUAAUGCGCUCUGCUUUACACCAUUGAAGUAGAUUUGCAACGUAUGACCUUUGCUAUGUUUAAAAAUAAUUCUUUCUCAAAUAACUCACCACACUUUUAUCUCUGAGGAGUAGCUGUGUAGAUGGAUGAAAUGUUUCUCAUUCAAGAAAGAGUUCAGUGGCUGGACAAAAAUCUCUUCCACCAGCAUCCAAAUUUUGAUCUGAAAUUAUACUGCAAAUUGCUGAUGAAGUGAAUGGGAUGAGAUUAGAUUAUCAUCAUUAAAUGAUCUGCUGGA